GGAUUUGGAUGGGUUUGUUUGUUUCGUUGCCAUGUCCAUCUACCAAUCCAAUGGAGAGCCCUGGCAUUGGUCAGGUCAAUUGAUCUGAAACCGAAUUGAAGUGUGCCCCUCUACCGUAGCGCGGGGUCCCUCAAUGCAUGUGUCUGCCCGUCGUGAACCCCUCAUUCGGCCACUGCCGAGCACUGGCCCCAAGCUGCUGCUCCCCAUGCCCCGCCCUUGACCUGUGCUCCGCCGACGACAUACCCGCCCGAUUUGCCUGAGGCACGAAGCUGCUGUCCUGCCGAGGGAACGCGACGUGAAUCUCCCCGUCUCCCUACCUACCUAACCACCCGCCAAGGAGACCUCACCUCCAGCGAGCAGCCACCCACAUACACACACCCGCCCGCCCGUCAUGGCAUCCUCCGCCGCUGACCAGCCUGCUGCUGCCGCGGCAAAGCCCGCGGCGACCUACUCGACCGACCCGGCCCUCUACAUCUACACCUCCCUGACGGCGGGCAGCUCCCACAUCGUCACGGCCACGUCGCGCCUCGAGACCAUCCUGCGCGCGAACCGCAUCCCCUUCAAGGCCAUCGACAUGGCCACCGACGAGAAGGCCCGCAUGCUGUGGGGCCGCCGCGCCGGCAAGGACGAGUCGGGCCGCGCGCGCAAGCUGCCCGGCCUCGUCCAGGAGGGCCUCAUCCUGGGCGACCUGGUCGAGAUCGAGGAGUGGAACGAGUACGGCGAGCUCAAGCAGCACGUCAAGAUCUUCUACGACGACUUCACCCAGCCCUCCAUCAGCCAGGCCCCCAAGAUGCCGCCCGUCCAGCCCAAGCGCGCCGUCCCGCCCGCCGCCGCGUCCGCAGCUGCCGCCGGCGCCCCCGGCGCCACCACAGCCCUGCCCGUCCUCAGCGUCGCCGAGGAAGCCGCCGCCAAGGCGAAGCAGAUACGCCUCCAGAGCCUGCGCGAUAAGGUCUACGGCAAGGGCAACAGCGGCCCCCCCGCCGCCGACGACUCCAAGUCCAAGGAGGGCGAGGGCGCGGGCAAAGCGGGAGGAACCGAGAAGGAGGCGGCGGCGGCCGAGCCCAAGAAGCCAGCCGCCAUCUCGUUGGCAUCGGCGGCUCCGAAACCGGCAGUCAAGGCGGCGGACGGCGCGGGGCUCCAGUCGCCCACGACGGGCGCGUGGAAGGGCGGCAGCCCCGCGGCGGCAGGGGGCGGCCCCGCGUCCUCGCAGGACCUGCUCCGCACCCUCCAGAGCCCGACCAGCACCGCCUGGAAGCCCACCGACGUCGACCCGCCCGUGACGUCGCACCGGGGCUCGCUGGUGAGCCCCGCAUCGCCCGAGGAGAUCGAGGCGGUCGAGAAGGAGCUCGCCAUCAAGGAGGAGCCCGAAGAGGAGGAAGAGGAGGAGGAGGAUGACGAUGAUGAUGAUGAUGACGAUGAGGAGGAUUCUGGUGAAGAUUCGGAUGACGAUGACGAUGAGGACGAGAAAGAAGAGGAGCCCAAGAAGGCGGUAGCGGCCGCCGCCCCUGCCAAGAGCGCGGAGCCAGCAAAGGAUACAAAGACACCAGAGAGCAAAGAUACCAAGGCGUGAGCAAGGGAGGGGAGCCAGAGCCUGUAAUUCGCCCAUUUUGUUUUGGUUUUUUAACACGACUUGAUCGGACAUUUUUGAUGUUGCGCCCUUUUUGAUAGUGUUCGAUGGAUGAUAUCCACAGUCGCGGCUUAUAACAACCAUGCUAUCUGCGAUAGGCCCCCUUCUUUGCCCAAUAGGAAAAAAACGAGGUGACAUCUGACGCUCAGCCCCGUCGUCCCGUAGACUUGCGAUUAUCUCGUCACAUCGAAAACCAUGCUCCAG